CACAAACAACAAUUGCAUUGCAAUCUUCUCCCUCAGGCGACCCGUGUGACGUAUCGCAAUCCGACAGACGCCUCGCAAACUCUCCGCAUUGAAUUGGAUGUGCAUAUUCCUAUCAUAUCUCGAUCAUAUCUCGAUCAUCUCCCACCACGAUGAGCGUGCUCCUCGAAACCUCCGCGGGCGACAUUGUCAUCGAUCUUUUGGUUGACUAUGCGCCCAAGUUAUGUGAGAAGUGAGUGACCGCCUCUCCCCUAUCUACCUGUGAAAUAACUGAACACAUAGAUACUAAGACUGCCGCGAUAAUAUAGCUUCCUCAAGCUCUGCAAAGUCAAAUACUACAAUUUCUCCCCCGUCUACAACGUACAAAAGAACUUCUCCUUCCAGACAGGCGAUCCUAUCGGUCCAGACGCAAAAGAAAGUGAUGGAGGCAGCUCGAUAUGGGGGUUGGUCAAUGGCCCGGCGAGAAGGACGUUCACGGCAGAAAUGCACCCAAAAUUGAAGCAUGCCGAGCGAGGUACUGUCAGCAUGGCUACGGUGCCGUCAACGAAGGACCCAGAUGAGAGGGUUGCUGGAAGUCAGUUUAUUAUAACGCUGGGGGAUGAUCUGGACUUCUUGGAUGGAAAGGCGGCAAUAUUUGGCAAAGUGGUGGAAGGAUUUGAUGCGCUAGAGAAAAUCAAUGAUGCUUUCUGCGAUGAAAAAGGACGUCCUCUGGUAGAUGUUCGAAUCAAGCACACAGUAGUACUGGAUGAUCCUUAUGACGACCCUCUAGGUCUGGUCGAGCCACCCGAGAGCCCUGUACCCUCUAAGGCGCAGCUUGCCACGGUACGCAUUGGGGAAGACGACAAUUUGGACGAGGAAAAUGAUAUUGACGCCGUCGAGAAGCAGCGAAGGGAGCGUGAAGCCAGAGCUCAAGCGUUGACUUUGGAAAUGGUUGGAGAUCUGCCUUUUGCCGAAGUGAAACCUCCAGAAAAUGUUCUUUUUGUGUGCAAAUUGAACCCAGUCACGACUGGUGAGUUUACGAGCCUCAUGGAACUGCCUUGGCUAAUAUUAGUAGAUGAGGAUCUCGAGCUUAUAUUCAGUCGUUUUGGCAAAAUUUUCUCGUGUGAAGUCAUCCGGGACAAGCGAACUGGUGACAGUCUACAAUAUGCUUUUAUCGAAUACGAAGAUCAAGCUUCUUGUGAGCAAGCGUACUUCAAAAUGCAAGGUGUUUUGAUCGACGACCACCGUAUCCACGUCGACUUCUCGCAAUCCGUAUCCAAGUUAUCAGACACGUGGCGCACAGCGACCAAUACCAAGCGAAAGCAUGGUGGUGGCGGAUUUGGUGGUGUCAGUGGAUUAGAGAAGAAGCGACAAUACAAAGCAGCUGAUUACAGCACCGGAAGUCGGAGAGACAGAUAUGGAAUGGUCUACGACGAGGAUGAGUUACGGAAAAGACAUGAGAGAGAGGGAAAAUACGAAUCAGACAAACGAGAGAGAAGCAGAAGUCGUAGUCCUCAGAGGGAGAAGAGAAAUUACGAUUCAAGAGACGAGAGGAAAAGUAUGGGUGGCGGCCGGGAUCGGGGAAGAGAUCGGUAUGACCGGAGGGGCCGGGAUGAUGGUUACACUGGGAGAAGAUGA